AUGCUAAACAACAUGUCAGACCCUCUUUCACGGUAUGAGGUGCAUAUCAAGGAAAAUAACUUCGUCUUCGUCGUCUUUUACCGUGGCCACUGGUGUCCUUUCUGUAUCUCCUAUUUGAAAACCCUGCAAUCAAUUCUUCCUCACAUCAAUGCCGCCGGGGGCAAAGCCAUCGCUGUUACGGCUGAGCCCGAGCAGCAUCUUCCGGACACGAUCAACGCUUCGGGCUACACUGGUGAGGUAAUCGUCGACCCGAUGAACAAGAUCGCAGCGGAGAUGAAACAACGUGUAAAUCUCAAUGUUGCCAUCUCGCCGAAGUCAGGAUACGAACAUGGCAUGGCACAGCCGGCCAUUCUAGUAAUGAAAAAUGAUGGGACAGUGCUAUUCGAUUGGGCUAUUGUGCCUGGGAUGAUGAACCUUGGGGGGGCUAAGGACCGCCCGGAUCUGAAACAGGUCUGGGAGAAUGUGCUGGCACGGUUGAAUGGACAGCCGUUUGUGCACAAAAGAUACAUCAUGCAGUCAUUCACGAAGGUCAUGACGCAGAAGCUUUUCGGUUGA